GCCUAAAAUGCAGUCGGACCAUGUGUACUAUUAUUGGGUGGGAGUGAGUAAUUGUUUAUAUUCUUCAAAUCAUACUUAUUUUCUUUUUAUAUUUUGCAGCGUGUGCAUUUCAUAAUUUUCUCUUAAUUCCCAAAUUCAAUGAUGUUCAAGACAUUUUCCCGUUCAUUUGCAACGCGUGCGUCACAAUCCCACCACUGUGAAAAUCACAACUUCCUUUCACCGACCUCCUUUGUUGGUAGCUGGCAAGCUCCAAAAGAUCCUAAGGAAAUGCUUGCUCAGCUUCGGAGAGACUACGCAAAGCAAGUGAAAGAGGUUCGGAAGGAAUACAUUAGAGAAAUGGAGGCUAUGGCGUUGGAGAAGCAACGGAAGGACGAUGCUCAGAGGGAAUCAAUUAGAGUCGCUAAUGAAGAGCGUAAGAAACUUAAGGCUCAGGCUGCACAACUUAGAGCUCAGGAACGUAACAUUGCUAGACAACAGUUUCAACAAUUCCUUUUAAAAGAGAGAGUAGAGAAACUUGAAAUUUGGAGAAUGCAAGCCAAAAAGCACGAAGAGAAGAAGGCUGAAAAGAAAGAGUUAUUGCAUAAACGAAGUUCACUGUGGGUUGAUGAAGCCGAACUCGAGAAGGAAAUAACGAAUGUUGUAAUUGCUACAACAUAUCUUUGAGCUUAGUUGUUGUUCUACACAAGUUGCAUGAUAAAGCAUGAACGUAAGUCUUUAGCUGGUUGGUUUUUUCGAAUUGCGAAAGAAGGAAGUAAGCAUGAAUUACAAACCAUGCUGCAUUAUUUUAAAUGACUUGGUAGCACAAUCAAGUGGUAGAUUUGAUGUAGAUUCCCUUCUGAUGGUAAACAUUGCAAAAUAAUGCUUUGAUUAGUUUU